AUGAGUACAUACAACAAUCAAGCGGCGGAGUCAAUGCACCCAGUGCCAAACGUCCGUCGCCCUUCUCAAGGGUCUUCAACUGGAGCGCCCGGUUUCCCGACGGGCUUACAGGAUACACAAUCGCAAUAUAAUCCUGCUAUGACCGGGGUGAAUCCCUCUACUGGAGCUGGGUAUCAGAAGCCCCCUCCGGUCCCAGCGCGACCUUCCAACAGCUAUGAUCAGGGAGGGUAUGAUGCACCCACUCAGCAAGCGUACGAUGCGCCCACUCAGCAUGCGUAUAAUGCACCCACUCAGCAUGCGUACGAUGCGCCCACUCAACAAGCGUACGAUGCACCCACUCAGCAUGCGAGUACCGCACAGCACACCAAUUUGGAUGAUCGGGCGACCGCACAUACAGGUACCAAGGUCCCUCCUAGUGAAAGAUACGCGCAAAAGGGCGACGAUAUUGGUCGGAAAGCACAGGGCGUUAUGGCUGGUGUGCAUGGAGCCGGGGAGUCACUACGUGGAGCUUUGACGGGGGCCGUGGAUAGGGCAUUUGGAACUACGGAAGGUCCGCGGGGUGCAGAGCGCAACGAGGAGAUUGCGCGGCGGGGUGAGCGUGAGAUCCAAACGGGCGAAUUCACCCGUUCUGGAAGGUGA